UGGGAGAGCCUCACCUGGCUCGGACACUGGUGCAGUUCUUCGAGGGCAAAAUGGCGGACCUGAUCGGCGCAGAGUUCCGCGACCCCAGCGCUGCGCCGCAGCAGCCGAUGCACGAGCAGCUGGCGACCACACUCACGGCACUGGGUAUCCACAGCAAGCAUGGCCACGAACACUUCCUCAACACGGUGCGGCACAUGGUGGACGCGGUGAGCCACAUCACAGGGCCGGGAGCGGCCAGCGCGGCCGGCACAACGGGGCAGUCCGCGCACAUGGUCGGCCGGGACCAGCUCCCGCAGGAGGGAAACCCCCAGGCGGACGCGCAAGCAGGGCUCCAGAUGGGUGGCAGGAAGGACUUGGGUGGGGCGGACCCAGUGGCACAUGGCGGCACUGUACAGCAGGUGCCGGCAGCCCACCUGCUGGAGCAGGCAGCUGCCACGCAGGGCACCCCUAACGUGCCACCUGGCCACGACCACAGCGGCUACCCAGGCUGGCAGCAGCACGAUAGCAAUCCGGCGACCCCGGGGGUGCACGAAGUGCACGCGGACAUCCACCACGCACACCAGCAACUUCACAAACCUGCCGCGCAGCACCACAGGCCGGACGCUGCUGGCUUCAUCUACUGAGCUGACUCUUCCGGUUUGCCACCCAGUUUGGCGGGGUGGCAGGGUCUGAAGGGGGCUGACGAUGGGCUGCAGGCUAGGAGUAUUGUCAGGCAUGGCACGUUGCUGCUUCCAGAGGAAGCCAAUUGCAUGUUGCAUGCGCAAUUGAUGCUUGCUGGAGCUGAGUGUUACUUGCUGGAGCUGAGUGAUGCUUGUGAGUGUGUUGUGUUUGAGAGGCAGACAUUUGGUUGUGUCCUUUUUAAAUCCUUAUUCGCUGG